AUGGUGGGGCCUCGUGCACCUAUCGGUUCACUGGCGAACCACCUGUCCAGCAUCUCGGAAUGGAUCCCAGGUCGUGGAUCUUCGAGGGCCAAGCAGACUCCGACCUUCAAGUCUAAGGAACUGGUCGAGGAAAGCGAGGACGAAAGCAGCGGGAGCAGCUCAGAUAACUCGGACAGCGAUGGGUCCGACGGCGAGGGCACGCAGGCCUUUCUAGACAAGAUCAACAAGUCCAAGUCAGCCGCCUCCAAAACAAAUGGAAUGAAGCACGAGCCGAAAGCAUCACCUGCGGCAGGGGCCGCCAAGGGAGGGGCCGUCAAACCCGCGCCGAAGAAGGAUGCCAGUGCAGCAGUCAAGGGAAAGCAAGUCCAGCAGCCCUCAACUUCAACAUCAGAAACGUCGUCCGAAGACGAAAGCUCUUCUGCGUCGGCCAAGAAGCCGAACGGCGUUGCAAAGAAGCAAGGCAAGGCCUCCGACACCAGUCCAUCCUCCUCUGAGGAAAGCGAGAGCGAUUCAGAGCAGGGCGCGAGCGUCACUCGUCAACUGAAGGCCGACUCUACCUCCGACGCGAGCAGUACUAGCGACAGUGACGGCGAUGAUGAGUCGACCGACGGUGAGGUCGAGAAGAAGCUGGCUACCAAGGCCAAGAAGGCGUCGAAACGCAGUCCCUCUCCAGUCAAGCGGACAAAAGCUGCUGCCGCACCCACCCAGUCAGAAUCGUCAUCAAGCAGCGAGAGUGAGAGUGAAGAGUCCGACUCCGAGGCAGAGGGCUCGAAAGCGGUGGGCAAGGCUGUCUCGACUUCCUCAGAAGACUCAUCAUCCGACGAGGAAAUGGCCGACGAGGCUCUCGAAGUAGUCAAGCAAACCAAGGGCACCUCGCAGCUUGCCAAGCGAUCGGAAGUCCCGGAAUUCAUUGCCCCCGAUUUCCACCUCAGGAAAGCAGAGAGCGGAACCGAUGCCUCGGAUGUUGCGCGUAUAUUCAACCAAGCCAAGCUGGAAGGCAAGCAGGUCUGGUAUUUCACAGUGCCCGCAUCGGUCCCCAUCAGCGUGGUAGAGCAGAUGGAUAUUCCGACAGAGAAGGCGCAGAAGGGGCUUCCCAUUCUGUCACACAACAACGACGAAUACGGCCUGAACUUUGAAGACGCUCUUACCUCCAGAUCUAUCAAGCUGCUCAUCCCGAACAAGGCUGGUGAUAAAUAUUCAAUGCUUGAUCGCGGCGUUGAUCAAACUAUUCACCUUAAACGGGUGACGCAGCUAUCCCAGGAUAGCCAGCCCGUAGCCAGUGGCCCGCGUCCAAUUUUGGCUCCCCCGAAGCCUCCUCGGCCCCAGCCCAAGAAUUUGCAGGCCCGCUUCCAGCCGAUCGGCGUGACUGAAGCGAUGGGCAACAUUGGCUCAUCGUCUCGAGCUGGGUCCGACGUAGAGAUGGAAGAUGCUGGAUCCAAGGCGGCCGAGACACCGAAGUCCUCCAAGAAGUCCAGGAAACGCAAGCUGACUGCUGAGGAGGAUGCCGAGGCCACGCCCAGCGCGUCGGCGACUGACAAGCAGCCCAAGAAGGCCAAGACGGCCGGCGCUACGCCCUCGUCCUCGCAGGCGGCGAAGAUGACGCCGAUCCUGCCGCCGGCACCGCCGAGCUCGGCCAAGGCUCCUGCUUCGUCCCAGCCGGCGUCUUCCUCAACGAAGAAGCAGAAGAAGGUCAAGGCUGCGGCGCCGAGCGCAUCGCAGCCGGUCCCGCAGACCAACGUGCCCGUGCCCGAAGUCAGCAAGUCUGCUUCGCAAGGAGAUGCCCCGCAGCAGACGCCCUCGAAGAAGGGCAACAAGGAGAAGAAGAAGAAGGUCCAGAAGGAGGCGGAUGCCGUGUCUACGCCCGCCAGUGCGCCUUCCCAGGUCAGAAAGGAGACCCCCGUGCCUCUCCCGCCUCAUCUCAAGCUUUAG